GUAAUAGAAAACACAUUGGGAGAAUGUCUGUUAAUGUGGUAGUUUUCUUAGUCUUCAUCGGUCAAAUCUCAAGUACUGACGUUAUGCUUCAGUAUGAGUCAAGCGACGUCACUGGCGAUCAAAUGCCUGACCAGGUCAAUGUGACUUUUAACACAGAAACAAAAUCUCUAACCAAACUUAAUCUCAGGCGAUCGCGAUAUUUCAACCUUGACAUUCCGGUCUAUACUCUCGACACCGACCGUGAAGGAUUUUUUCAAAAACAUAAAGUAAAGACCAGACCCAGAAAGGACAUUGGCUUCUACCAGGAUUAUACAAAUAAUGCAGUGUUUCGAAUUCAAAGGUCCCCUGAGAAAUUGGCCUACAAGAAAUCCAAAUUGAAAAUGAAAGGUGAGUUUCUCAUGAACACCUCCAAAUAUCUCUUUGACUCUGACAGAAAGAGUCGAAAUAGGCCUUGGAGAAAACCGACUUUCCAAACGUUUUCAGAUUCUAGAAGGACUGCAAUUCCACUUUCUACCACGACAAUACUCGACCAAUUCGUUUAUGCUUUAGAAUUAGUGAACACCACAAGGUCUGAAAUGUUCGAUAAGUCGCAUGCACGAAUAGCUCCUUCAGAAGUCAAAAAGUUAGUGAGAAUGAAAGUCGUCAACAGCAGAGACAAGAAACUCAACAGCGCAGGUCAGAACUCCAACCGGUCAAUAUCGCGGUCAGUCCCACAGAGCAGACCGCGCCGCCGAGCAGGCCGGGACUACUACGUGGAUGUGGUGGCCUUGGCCGACUUUAAAAUGUACUCCAGGUUCUUAGCACAAGCGAACAACGAUCACCUCACCGCGAUGCAGAAUAUUCUAGAGAACUAUGCUUAUAUCUUUAGCGGGGCUGACAUGCUGUAUCAAGCCAUCCAACACCCAGAAUACACGAUUCAUAUUCUACUGAGUAAAAUAUACGUUCUUCAGACAUUGGCUGCUUCACGUUUUACUGGAGUCAAUGAUACGUAUGGUUAUCUAAAUGAAAUUACGGCGUUAAAUAGUCUCACAGCAUUUUACAACGGUUAUGGGCGUGGCAUCGUUGGCAUUUAUGAUCACGUGAUGUUAUUCACUGGUUAUGACCUCUGUGAUCAAGGUGCACCGGUCUCAGGGUCGACUUUUAAUGCAACAAUGUGUCAAACAGAUGGCAAGAGUGUUUCUGUGAUUUGGGAUCGUCAAGGUUAUAAUUACGAUACCAUAGAUACCGUAGCACAUGAACUGGCACAUAGCCUCUCAGCCUUUCACGAUGGGGAGGUGUACCCCUGCAAUGAUUCUCAGAGGUACAUUAUGGAUAUCAGUGGUGCUAAAGUGAGGCCUGGGACAGAGUUCAAUCCAUGGCGGUUCUCUCCCUGCAGCAUACGUCAUUUUACCAGCUUUUUGGAGGAAAAGAUGGACACCAGCCGAGGAUACAGAUGUUUGGUCUACAGUAUCGAAACAUCUGCAGACAUCCCAGAUGUAAAUGCUAAACAAUGGGGUCAGUUGGUCAAACCUGAUCAACAGUGUCAACAAAUGUAUGGCAGUGGUUCCUAUGUAUGCAGGCUGGACAAAAACUACAUCUCUACCAUCUGUCGCAUAAUGUAUUGUUUUGAUCCUUUAAAACACGCUUGUUACCAGAUUUCAGCACUCAUCGGGACAUCUUGUGGCGAUGGAAAGAUUUGUAUACAUGGACAAUGCGUCAGCGACCCGUACGCUCCUCAAGUUAAUGAAAACUGUGUAUUGGGAGAUAAGCCAGGCGAUUCCUGCUCCUCAUUUGUGAAGGGUUUUAACGGCGUGUGUUACGAUUCUGGUAAUUAUAUAGCAUGCUGUGCGUCCUGUAACGAUGUGUCAAGACCCGUAUUAGGCUGUGAGUACGGAGACAGGAUUAAGGGCUGUACCAUAGUCCACUGCUAUGGAUUUAAAGUGGAUUGCUGUGGUACGUGUAAGUAUGGUACACCCUACAACCCAACCACCAGCACCAGAAGAACCACACCGAAGAGAUUAGCCACAACACUGAAACGACCUGUGAUAUUCACUCUAGUUAAAGACUGUAAACCAGGAGAUAAAGACUUGAGGCCAGAACUGUGUACCGGCAUUACUGUCUGCCUGAUACAGCCAUCAAUAUGUUGUAGCUUUUGUUUUAAGACUACAACCACAGCAGCUACGUCAAAGACAACCACUAAAGAAUGUAAACCAGGUGAUGCAGACUUGUAUCCAGAACUAUGUACCAGCUCUUUCUUCUGCUUGAUACAGCCAUUGCUCUGCUGCCACUCUUGCUCGUAUUAUUUCCAAUCGACUACAACAACCACGCCAACGACACCAUUCAUUACAACCACUUCACCCAAAGAAUGUAAACCAGGCGAUCCAGACGUGAGACCGGAACUAUGUCACAGCCCUAGGGUCUGCCUGAUACAGCCAUUGUAUUGCUGCAACUAUUGCUCGUAUUAUUUCCAAUCGACUCCAAGAACUACCCGAACUACGCGAACGACGCCAUUCAUUAUAUCCACUUUACCCAAAGAAUGUAAACCAGGCUUUCCAGACGUGAGACCGGAACUAUGUAGCAGCCCUAGGGUCUGCCUGAUACGGCCAUUGUAUUGCUGCAACUAUUGCUCGUAUUAUUUCCAAUCGACUCCAAGAACUACGCCAACGACACCAUUCAUUACACCCACUUUACCCAAAGGUUGUGAGCCAGGAGAUCUAGACUUGAGACCACAACUGUGUACCAAUAUUAGUAUUUGUAAAACUCAGCCAACGCAGUGCUGUAACUAUUGCUCUAUACAUUUCAAUACUCAAACUACCAGUACCACACAAUUAACAUCACCAAAAGAGUGUGUACUAGGAGAGCCAGACUUAAGUCCAGAGCUGUGUACUAGGCCAAGUAUCUGUCAGACACAGCCAUCGAUGUGUUGUAACUAUUGCUUAUCACAUGACAGUUCUGCAUCCUUUCUCUACAAUAUUUGUAUUUGUCGUUUGUUUUUUUUUUUUGGUGCAUUACAUUGUGUUUUCUUAUUUUUAGCAUAAAUAGCUAUA